UGGUGGCGGUGGGACCAUUUAAUUUUUCAAUCUGCCACCAACAAUGCUACGCACACUCGUUUACUUUCUAGAACCCGAAGAGACAGCAGCAUCAAAGUUUUUGGACCUCUUUAUAGCCUUGGUUAUGGUUUCGAAUGACAACUUGCAGCCAAUAAAAGCCCAGCAUUACCAAUCCAAUUCUAUGCCAAGGCACUGUCUUCUCUGAUCUGAAUAAGGGCAAACGGAUGACUACAAUAGAAGCGGCAGUGCACGAUCUCUUUUGAUCUUAUCAUUAAUUUAUUUUUCACUCUUCAUUCUUAUUUUGUUUUGUCAUUGUUUGAGGUGUAAUAUUGGAAGGAUAUGUAAAUUUUUGUUCCACUUUCAACGCAAGCACAUGAUAAGUAGCUGCUGGUGAUAUGCAUGCAGAAAAGAAAAAUCAAACGGUAGCCGCAUGCAUGCAUUCAAAGAAGCAAUGGGCUGUCCGUGAGAAUGCAUUCUAUAGCUAGCACUGUGGAAUCCUCUGCCAAUCCUUUCUUCCACUGGAUCCUUGGUGAAGACUGUGACUUCAUGGUUGCUGCUACAUAUAUUUACCAUAGAGAAAAUGCCACGGAGCAGGCGUGUACGUCGUUUACAUAGUUCCUUGGUGUGGCAAAUUUGGACCAAAAGUCCUAAGGGGAAAGGGAUAAGGUAGCCAUAGAUCGUAGACCUACCAUUAUAUUUUAAGCAUAUAUAAACAGAGAAAUUAACCAUAGUAGAACUGUAAAAGUGCUUUCAAUUGCUAAAGAAAAGAACGGAGGGCUUCUCCCAAGAGCUAGCUAGAAAUUAACCAUAGUAAAACUGUAAACUGCUUUCCAUUGCUAAAGAAAAGAAGGGAGGGCUUCUCCCAAGAGCGAGGUAGCAGUCUUUGCUUGAAAACCAUCCAUCUCUCCGUAUUCAUUUUUUCUCUACAUAAAACCACAUGUACCUAGAGGACCAUUCAACAGGUCAAAUGUUAUCGUACUUGGACUUCAGGCACUAAAUUCCUGCAGGUGCCGCUGCAGAAGAAAAUCUAGUUGCAAACAGACCUGCUUUGUUGCCUAUUUAUGCCUAUGAAAAUGCUGUGCUAGGUCAGAGCAGGGCUGCUGAGGCUUCUAUAUCUUACCUCAUGGCGUAUUUCUUGUAAGCUUUUCGUAACUGACGAUUUCCUGAGAUAAUAUAUAAAAUUGCGGCUUUCGCAAUUGAGGAGCAGGGAAAAUGUAACGGUGAGCCCAAACUACUUUGGAGCUGCCGUGCCACAAGCCGACAUUGUACUUGCUUGGAAGUGGCCGCCCAAUUCCAAGACCCUAAAACAAAAUCAAACAUUGGAAUCAUCAUCAGCUCUUCAUGUAACUCCCUGGCCAGCUUCUGACCUUAUUCAAAUGGCUGCCUUUGCUUCGACCUCUGCAUGUACAUUGGCCACCCUUGCUCCAAUUCCCCGAGCCGGUGGAUCUAUUUCUCAGCACAAAAGUUUCACUACCAUUGGAGGUCGUGUAUUUAAUGGGUUAAAGCUUGUUCCAAAGAUUCAAUUCUCAAAGGACAUAAACAAGUUUUCUACUCGGUCCAGCUGCUUCAAGACUGCAAUUUCAUGCUCUCUUGCUCAACCUGAGACAUUGAAAACCGUCCAAAACACAAUUGCUAAGCAAUUGUCAAUUGAUGUGAGCACGGUGACACCUGAAACCAAGUUUGCUGACCUGGGUGCUGAUUCCCUUGACACGGUGGAGAUAAUGAUGGCAUUGGAGGAACAAUUCGGAGUUUCAAUUGGAGAAGGUGGAGCCGAGAACAUUGCAACUGUCCAAGACGCUGCAGACUUGAUUGAGAAAGUGAAGCCUGCUGCAUAGGCCACUUGGAGCA